UUUACUUUUUAUCCGAUUUUCUUAAUUUUAUAGAAUAGGCUGAGCGUUAAGACAGGUGGACUGGACUGAACUGUCCCUGAAUCACCGAUGACACUGACCCAACUGUGCCUCAUCACUCGUGACGUGGUCUUUACAACCAGAGUAUCGCCUCCGCUCAACUUGUCUCAAAGUGCGGUGCGGGGCACUCGUUUUCACAUCCUAAAGGCAAGUGGAAAGAAAAUUCAGGGGGGGUUGAACAAAUGUGACUCAGUCAUUCGCGGUAGCCUAGGCAAUGAGUCAUAAAUGUUCGCAUCCUGUGAGACGAAUUCCAGUGGAAGGCAAAGUUUCUGGCAAAACCGACCAUUCUGAGUGAUCCAGUGGGAACGCUUUGUGACACCUUGACGAAAGUAUGCUUUGGACUGCGCACAUUAUGAACAUCUUGUGAAUAGGUGGCGACCUAAUGGGCUAACAUCACUAGUGCGAUUGGGACAAAAUGGUCUUAUUGAAGAUUACUUUCCCCUGCACCCUGACUAUCCUGUUUGCACUCUGCAUGAAUGUCAAGUGCAAACUGCAUUGUGAUGAACCAACUGAGGAUGCCAAACUCAACCUUUCAGUGACUUAUGAUCUUCCAUACUUCAUGUCAGACACUGUUGUACAAGACAUAGUUGUGUUUAACGGGAUUGUCUAUGUGGCCACUGCUGACAUGCUUUAUUCCUUGUCUGGGGAUCUUAAGAAGAUAACAGAGUACAAAAUAGAACCAGAGCCUAGCUGCACCUUCUGCCAGGGCUUCAAACACAUGUUCAAAGAUGUCAGCUCAUCCCUUCUCAUUGAGACCUACUAUGAUGAUGAACUCUUCAGCUGUGGUUCAACAGGACAAGGCCUCUGCCGCCGCCAUGUUCUAAUGGAGGGAAGGCUUGAUGAUGAAGUGAAAUGGAUGCAUUCACCCAACAGUGACCGGGGUCAUCACGGCUGCCCAGAUUGUGUGGCUGGCCCUGCAGGUGCACAGAUCCUCAGUGUGGAAAGUGAUGGCGUGGUCAGAUUCUUUGUGGGCAACUCUGAGCGUGUUAGCCUGGCCUCAGCUACUGUUGCCCUCCCUAACUCACCUCUGACACAUUUAUAUCACUCAAUAUCUGUGCGAGCUAUGAAAGAGACACAAGACGGCUUCGGCUUCUUUUCAGAACAAUCCUAUAUGGACUUAGUGCCAAGCCUUCGUGACAAUUACCAUUUGCAAUAUGUUUAUGCUUUCCAGAGUGGCUCCCACGCAUAUUUUCUUACCGUACAGAGGGACAGAGAAUCAAAUACCUAUCACACACGUAUUGCCCGCAUGUGUUCGUCUGACCGUGAGCUAAGGCGUUAUGUUGAAAUACCCUUCAACUGUAUCCUCACUGAAAAGAGAAGAAAGAGGUCUUUCAAGACAGAAUUCAAUGUCUUGCAGGCAGCCUAUGUUUCCAAAGCUGGUCAUGACCUCCGACAGAUACUUGACAUAAAGGAGGGCGAAGACGUGCUGUUUGCUGCUUUUGCCCGCAGCAAACCAAACUCACCUGAACCAACCAACAGCUCUGCUGUCUGCGUCAUUUCCUUGGGAAAUAUCAACCACUUUUUCAGAUCAUACAUUCAGGAUUGCCAAACCAGACAGCUUUAUCAUUUUACUGGCUCAGAUGAAAAGCAAUGCUACAACACGACUUCCUCAGAUGACUCUUACGCCUGUGGAAAACAUGAAGGUGGCUUUCGACUGGAGAUAACAACUCCCAUCACAAGGCUGGAUUACUUUAAUGGCCAGUUCAGCAACAUCCUUAUCACCUCUAUUGCCGUAUACCCCCUGCAGAAUCACACAGUGGCUAGUUUGGGAACUAGUGAUGGAAGAGUUAUCCAGAGAGUGGUUUCCCGAACCAAAGAUGUCAUGCCACAUGUUGACUUCGGCUUAGAUAAGCACCCUGUCUCUCCAAGAGUGGCUCUUCAGUCUCAAAAGCAGUUGGAUGGUUCAUUAUUUGUAAUCACAGGAAACAAGAUUACUAAGAUUCCAUUUAUUGGACCUGGCUGUGAACAGAUGAUGACUUGCAGUGCAUGUCUGAUGGCCUAUUCCUUCAUGGGCUGUCACUGGUGCCAGAACCGCUGCACAAGGUCUUUGCAGUGUGAAAAUUCACCCUGGAUUCAAGACUCAUGUCCUCCUCUUAUUAACAUGAUAUCCCCAUCCACUAUUCCAAUUGGUGGAGAAACAAAAGUCACCAUCUGUGGGAGAAACUUUGGUUUCACCCCGCGUGAGCGAUUUGACCCAAAGCUGAUUCGCAUCACAGUAGCUGGAACCACUUGCAAGCUUCUAGAGGGAAAUAGUCACCGGUUGGUUUGUGCUCCGGAUCAUGUGAAUGCAAACCAUUCAAAUCACAUUGUGGAAGUACACAGUGGCAAAGAGACUGGAGAAAAAGAUGGACCCUUGUAUGUGAACCCUGCUAUCAAGAAGAUCUUUCCAGAAUUUGGUCCCAAGUCAGGUGGAACAUUACUCUCCAUUCAUGGCUCCUUCUUAGACUGUGGGACUGAGACAGUGGUCAAUGUUGGGAAUGCAACCUGUGAGAUUAAGAGUGUGUCGGCGAGUAAACUUAUAUGCAAGACUGCACCUCAAGCCUCACCUUCUUCCCAACCAGUCACACUUACGAUUGAUGGAGUGCCACUUAAGGCGCCAGAAAGCUUCACAUACAAUAAAGAUCCCUUUAUUACAAGCAUCCAACCAAAGAGCUCAUUUUUCAGUGGAGGUAGUACUGUGUCAGUGCAUGGGAUCUAUCUUCACUCUGCUCAGCAGCCCCAGAUGGUUCUCUCUCAUGAAGGGAAAGUGAUUAAAGAGAUGUUCUGUCAGAUGGGAAAGGAUAGACCUUGCAUUCAGUGCACUACCCCUUCUUUAAAAGAGCUGAACUUUCGCACACCCGUCAUCACAAAGGUGGCCAUUAAACUUGAUGGAUUCUAUACGGACCAGUGUGACCUUCUGUAUGUGGAAGACCCCGAUUUUUCUGCGUUUCAGCAGCCAACUAUCACUAUCAAAGGAGACAAGAGCAUCUUAGAGAUCAAGGUGCCCCAAAUGGACAUAGAGGCAGUGAAGGGCGGGGUCCUGAUGGUGUCCAAUAGGACAUGUGAAUCUGUUGCUCUGGUAGGGGACACUCUGGAGUGUAUUUUUCCCACAGAGUUUCAAGCUGCAAGUGAGGAGUUGGAGGUUAAGUGGAGGCAGGCCAACUCUUCAGUGAGCCUAGGCCGUGUAGUGCUGGCUCAUGAGCAGGACUACACCAGCCUGACCACCGGCGUCAUUUGUGUCACCCUAUUCCUACUCUUGUUGUUCGCCCUAUUCAUUUGGGUCAAAAGGAGAAAACACAUUGAAGAUUUAAGCAAGGCUAUGGUUUGGUUCGAUGGCCGGGCACACAUUCCUCAUUUGGACAUGUUGGCCAAUGCAAGGAGUGUCAGCCCCACUAAUGAAAUGGUGUCCCACGAAUCUGUGGACUAUAGAACUACUUUGCUUGAGGACCAGAGUGUGACCAUGACGCAGGCAGAGUCAUGUCGGCCUCCCCCAUACUCUCCAAUGCAUGUGGACCUUUCUCCCAUAUUGUUGGGGGGUGAAGGAGAUUUGGCUUCCCCUUUGCUGCCGACCAGUGCUCCCAUUGACCUGGCCAGCAUGAACCCAGAGUUGCUGAAAGAGGUCCAGCAUGUUGUCAUUGCCAGGGAGGAUCUCCUGUUACACGUCCAUGAGAUUAUUGGGAGAGGUCACUUUGGCUGUGUUUUCCAUGGGACCCUGCUUGACCCAGAUGGACAGAAACAGCACUGUGCAGUCAAAUCUCUAAAUCGUAUUACAGAUAUUGAAGAAGUGACACAGUUUCUGAAGGAGGGAAUCAUCAUGAAAGAUUUCAGCCAUCCCAAUGUAUUAUCUCUCUUGGGCAUUUGCUUGCCAAGUGAAGGCUCCCCUUUGGUGGUGCUGCCAUAUAUGAAGCAUGGGGAUCUCCGUAACUUCAUCAGGGAUGAGACUCAUAACCCCACUGUAAAAGACCUUAUGGGAUUUGGGUUGCAAGUUGCAAAAGGGAUGGAAUACCUUGCUAGCAAGAAGUUUGUUCACCGAGACCUAGCAGCAAGAAACUGCAUGUUGGAUGAGAGUUACACUGUGAAAGUUGCAGAUUUUGGCUUAGCCCGAGAUGUGUAUGACAAAGAAUAUUACAGCGUGCACAAUAAGAGUGGAGUCAAGCUGCCUGUAAAGUGGAUGGCACUGGAGAGUUUACAGACACACAAAUUCACCUCAAAGUCAGAUGUUUGGUCUUUUGGUGUGUUGCUGUGGGAGCUCAUGACCCGAGGAGCUCCACCGUACUCUGAUGUCAACUCCUUUGACAUCACCGUCUUCCUGUUGCAAGGACGACGACUACUUCAGCCAGAGUUCUGCCCUGAUGGACUAUAUAACGUGAUGAUUGAAUGCUGGCACCCUAAACCAGAGAGGCGGCCAACCUUUUCUGAAUUGGUCCACCGGAUCUCAGCUAUCUUCUCUAGCUUCAGUGGAGAGCACUAUGUUCUCCUCAACACAACCUAUGUCAAUAUUGAAAAGAUGACACCAUAUCCCUCCUUAAUCUCCUCUCAAGGCAGUUGGGACCGGGACUGCUGCACUUGAGAGGACCACAAGACAGUGGAUGUUGUGGGUUAAGGGACUUGUAUGGACUCAAGAGAAACAGGCCAUUUCAAACCUGCUGUAUGUCUUACUCUUUAUACACACUGGACCCCAUUUUAGAUGGAUGCUUUAUUUUCUAUCAAAGAACAAUAAUGGACAUGAAAGCUACUGAAGCAAAGGCACAUUUUGGAGCCUCUGCACUCUUACCGGGGUAGUGUUUUGGUGACAUUGAUGAGGACAUGCAGUUCCAAAGGGUUCAGCUGUGUGUGGUGGCCUGCACAUAACCGUUACCAAGCUUGUGAUGCGGAUUUCAGAAAUAUGUCCCCUCAUAUGACGAUGAUAUUUUUGUUGUAGAGGUCCAUACUGACUCCACUAUUGAGACUGUCCUCCCUUCAGACAGGAAGAGUCUGGUGUCUGUAACAAAACAAAUCAAGAUUCUAAAGCAGUCAUUCACCGGAUGGUCAGCUUCACACAUACUCUGCUAGUUAGUUGAUAUCAAGUAUACUAAAAAUACUUAAUUUGACUAUUGACUAAGUUGUCAGGAAAGGCAUUCUACUGUUAGUAUUUUAUACUAUAAUAAUUCAAUAAAUAUGUAGGUAAGGUGACUGUGCCUAACAAUAUUUCCCCCAUUUUUAAAUAAGGGUGAGCAUGUCUCAUUAUAUUAUUAUGUGUUCAGAUUCAGUUGUUAAAGGCAAACUCAACUCGAACAACAACAUAGGGUCUAUUUUUGGAUGAUAACUAGUGUACAUUUUACUUCAGGACCAAAACAAGGUCACAUGGUGUAGUUUUAGUAAGAGCAGAAUAUGAGAUCAUAACAGAAUAGCAUAAAGCAUAGCCUUUGGGGGCAACCUCCCACAUCUAUCACUGCUCUCCUCAUUUUGUGUCCGUUUACAGUAGCCAUAGUGCCACAUUCAGUAAUAGACUUAUACAGACUUUAUCCAUUUAAGAUGGUGGCGACUGGAGGAACGGUAAAUUAAAGUGCUGACUACACAUACUUUAUUCCCUUUUUUUACAAUUACAAUUUACCUUUUGUAAGUAGUUUCACAAAAAUAGUUCAGUUUGUCUGCAGAGACCCUUUAAAAAGCAGUUUAAGUUGCCCCCAAAGGCUAAGCUAUAUUCUACUCAGAUAUAAAUGCAUAUUCCGCUCUUACUCUUUUGGUCCCAACCACAGAUAGACCUUAUGUUGUUGCGUCUGGAUUUUCCCCACAAGGUCAAAGUUCUGGCAAAAUGUUGCUUGACUUGUGUAGUACACUGGAUAUAUUAAAUGUUCAAUGGAAUAAAUCUCUGACCUGUUUUAUGCUUAGGUAAUUGCAAAUAUUUUGGUUGGAAGAAAGGGUAUGAAAAUAUAGGCAGCUAUACUGACCUAAUGUAGCCUUUUAGAAUUUGACUUCAGGCGGUAUGAACAUAGCUGUAGCAUUGAGUUAUGAAAAUGUAUGGGUUUCUUAUCAUGGAACAGCAAUAUUGUGUUUUAAGCCUACCUUAAAGCUGCAGUUGGCAAGUCUGGCAGAUUGAGGGGACAUUUUGAAUGUAUACAACUCUCGUGCCGCUCCCCCACUACCACAGAGCACCCUCCCAUCGACUUGUGAUUGUUAAUGUUCACAAACUGUGAUUGACAGUCAGAUCUGCCAAGGAUCAUACAGCCCUGUGCUUAUUGGACCAGAGGAACCAGGAGCGUUGGAUUUUUGCAAAACAAAUAACAGGCUCUAGGUGGAGAUAGAAGCACAGGGUUUUUUUUCUGAAAUCUGCUGAUUUAUGUUGUUCUGUUGGAGCAUACUGUCGGUUUCAGUGAAUAUGAUCAAAACAUCUUGUCGACUGCAGCUUUAAUUAGGAUUUGUAGUGCUCUGUACAUUAGGUUAUGAUUACAGUUGGAGUGCAAGGCUGCAGUACUUAAAUAGCCACACAAGGCCAGCCAAUACACUGAUGGUUAAUCAGUAAUAAACUGUCAUACCUGUUUGGAUGAUCAAUAUUCUGCCAGGAGUUCAGUCAAAUGUCAGGUCAGCACCAGAAUCUUGUUCAGUAAUCACUGACAAGCAGAGGCCUAAACAAAUUAUCAAGGUUAUCAUGGAAAAAUGCAUUUGCUCUUUAAUUACUUUCUGUAACAAAUGCGUUUCUGUGUUGAAUGUUUGUACUAUCAGCACUUGACUUCUGAAUGAUCAAAAGCAUGUUGAAAAUCAUUUCAAGUGACAGCACUGUAAAUGAGGGCUUGCAUAUGUGAAUGUUAUACAUUGCUUGUACUGUAGUUAAGGGUUUUUGACUACUUUUUAUGACUGAUUAUGUACAUAUGUGCAGUUUUAUUUAGGUACAGCUCUAGCAAUAAAAGCAGCUAAUAUGUCUCUGUAAAAUAAGUAUGUAUUUGUUAAGAUCGUGUUUGAUAAAAUCUGCAUUGUUUCA